CGCCAGACUAGCUGAGAGGAGGAGCUUGAGAGGAGCCUGUGUGCUAUGUGGAGGAGACUGCGUGUUACAGAGCCUUGUGUUUUUCUGUUGAUUUGUACAGACAAAUCCACCAUUCUGCCUUCAUUAAAAGAGAAACCAGCAGCUGGUCGUGGUCCGGGUCCUUCCUUCACUCACUCAGCACAGCAUAGAACACAACGCAGAACACACGAGAGUUAAUGGACGUGCAUCCAGCCUGAUUUUAAACUGUUAAGGACAAGGCACGCCCGUUACAAUGGUGCCGUGACCUUUCAAGGAUUGGUCUGGAGAUCGACGUCAGCUCGUUCGCCGUGGGAAGCUGCAUUCACUCACCUUUUACCGUGGUCAGGUACUCCCAUGGACUGCAUUUUGUCUUCUUCAAUAUAACAGCACCUAAGGGAGUGGUUUACUGAUGUGCCAUUGAUUGCUGAUUGAUGUAAUUAGCCAUAUCUGUUUUUUGGUGCUCUUACUCUUUAGCCAUUAAGAUUUAAUUGUGUUAUAUUUUUCUGUGUAUGGAGUGACUGAAAUAUGGCAGAGGGUUACACAUAUUUUGUUGAGGGUGAAGGUAACAAUGCUGAGCGUGACUCUAUCGAGGACCAGUUUGGUGUGGGGAGGGGUUUGUUCUUUCGACCCUUAGAGUCCAGGACACCAGGGCCUAGUGUCACAGCAUUACACACCCCACAGUUUACCUCUACACGUCAUGUAGAUCGUGCCAUGCCAAGCCGAGUCGAGCAGAAUCCAGACUUAGGUUCACUCAUUACACAGUUAGCUGAGAAGCUAGGGGAGUCCAUUACAGCUAAGCUGCAAUCUGACAGGUGUACACACGACACCAGUACUUCUGUACAGCCCUCAGAGAUGACAUUGCCUAACGUUAAGGUUGUCAUGCAGUCAGAUGCAAAAGAGCCUCCUAUAUUCAGGGGUGAUAGCUCAGACAAAUUCACAGUUCAUGAGUGGGAAAAUCUUAUGACUCUGUACUUGAAGAAGCGAGCUAUUCCCAUUCAUGAGCAUUCACAAGAAGUCCUGGCAAAGCUUAUGGGCAAAGCAGGGGAUGUGGUGAGGAUAAAGCUGCGUAACAACACAUCUAUUAACCACACUGCAAAUCCACAUGUGAUUUUUGAUAUUCUGAAACAACACUUUAGUGAACUGACAUACUCGAGCAUGCCUUUGGCAGAUUUUUACAAUACAUUGCCCAUGCCAGGUGAAGAUGCUAUGGAAUAUUGGAUAAGGCUAAAUAAAACAGUUGAUGUAGCGGAUGAAUAUCUGAAAAGGCAAUGCCGAAGCAUUGAUGACCCAGGCCAUGAAGUCAGUAUGAUGUUUAUCAAACACUGCCCAGACCAGUCUCUUGCAAGUGUUUUCAAGUUCAAGUCUGCGGAGAAAUGGUCGGCAUGUGAAAUCCAAGAGAGGCUUGAUGAGCACAUGCAGGGAAAGAAAACCCAAGCUGCAACUGUUAGGCCACUUAAGCCGAGCACAGUAGAGCACAAAGUCCAUUCCCAGUGUCAUGUGCCUAUAGCUGAUAAUACAUCAGUCCCAAACACCACUGUACCGGGGGUGCCAUCUCCGGUACCCAUGACUACUGCGAGUGUUGACAAUGUCUGCAUAAGGAGUUUGGUAAACUUGUUAGACCGACUGGUUACACAGCAUACACAAGUGCCAGCUAACCCCAGGGCUCAAGCCGCAGUGCCUCGCCCUUCUCAAAAGGUGUGCAGGGUUUGUGAGGCUUCUGAUCAUUCCACAUUGUCUCACUGUAGGCGAGAGAACAGGUGUUUGAAGUGCUUAUCGCCUGGUCACUGGAAGAGAGACUGCCCUGAUCAGACCAACCAGCGCCGCUUUCAACCUGCCAACAGCGCUGGUGGACAGAACCGACAGUUAAACUAGAAAACCCACACCUUGGGAGGGGCGGUGUGGGUAUUGUGGAUGAAUCCCUCUCUGAUACACACGACCCAGCUCGUUUAUAUGAGAACUGUUGUGCCAAAGCACCUAAGGGGACCCGAAUAGUUAUUCAAGCCACACAGAAGAUCGAAGCUUUCAGUGAGUUGUUUUAUGCUACUGUCCUUGCCAAUCACAGUGUGCAGCUCA